AUGGGAUCUAAAAUAGAGUAUGUUGACUCGUCGCACUUGUACGCUACAAACUAUGUCCGCAAUUCGAAAGCUAUCGGAGUGCUUUGGGCUAUUUUCACGAUUUGCUACGCAAUUAUAUGCGUUGUGGCGUUCGUUACACCGGAAUGGAUAGGUGACUUGGAAACCGAGUAUCCCAGGAAGUUUGGGUUAUGGCAGAUAUGUAGAACGGAUGACUCUGUCGAAGACUGCAAGGGCCGGUUGGACGAUUUUAUGUCGAUAAACGGUUUUGUGUUCAAAGUGGCCACUGUGCUGGUCGGAGCGGCGGUGGCGCUGGCCCUGUUUACGAUCUGUGCCAUGCUGUUGUUUUUCUUCUGUCAGUCAACGACAGUUUUCCACAUAUGCGGAUGGCUGCAGCUGAUAUCUGGUAAGUACCGUCAACUAAUG